CGACCCAAACACGGAAGUGCAGCGCGGUGUUGCGGAGUUUCGGCGGAGCGUUGCUGUGAAGUUUGCGGUCAGUGCCUGCGGUCAGUGCCUGCGGUCAGUGCCUGCGGCAUGGUGAGGGCUGAAGCUGCCCGCAGUGAUGGAGAGGGUCCGGGCUCGUGCUCCGCUCGGGGUGUCCGGCUCAGCCGAGCCUGUAAAGCUGCGGACCCGGAAGUCGAAGCUGUACAGUAAAAAGCCCGCGGGGUGGCGGGAGCGCGGUGUCUUUGGGGUCAGCGUAACGGUUUUCUCUGUGAUAUUUCGCCUCGUUAACUGCUUCCUGGUCCAGACCAGCUUUGUCCCAGAUGAAUACUGGCAGUCCCUGGAAGUCUCCCAUCGAAUGGUCUUCAAGUAUGGCUAUGAAACCUGGGAGUGGAAGGAGGGUAUCCGAGGUUACUCCUACCCGCUCCUCUUUGCUCUACUGUACAAGAUUCUGGACCUGCUGCAUUAUGAUACGGUUCAGCUAUUGAUCCUGCUGCCUCGAGUUCUGCAAGCGCUUCUUGCAGCGUUUGCUGACGCCAAGCUCUAUGACCUCGUUCGGAGGUGGGAGAGUCCAGAUGUAGCCAAAUGGACGUAUUUCUGUCAGCUGUGCUCGUGGUUCACCUGGUACUGCUGCACCCGCACCCUUAGCAACAGCAUGGAGACCACGCUCACUGUUCUGGCUCUCUGCUACUACCCUCUGCACGGCACCAAGACACAAAACAGUAGCUGGAAGUACUUGUCGCUGGUGUCUCUGGCUGUCGUGGUUCGUCCAACAGCUUUGAUCGUGUGGCUGCCUCUGUUACUCCAUCACCUGUGGCGUGAGGAGAACAAACUGAAGCUCAUCACUCAGCAGGGCCUUCCUGUUGCGGCUCUCACUCUGCUGUGUUCGACACUGAUAGACUGCGCAUCCUAUGGCAAGUGGAUCUUCGUCCAGUGGAACUUUCUGAAGUUCAACGUCGUGCACAACGUGGCCGAGUUUUACGGGACGCACCCCUGGCACUGGUACUUCACUCAGGGGUUUGUGGUCGUUGUCGGCCCUCACCUCCCGUUCUUCCUGCACGGAUGCGCGUUGGCCUCCAAGAGACACAGAGUGCUGCUCAUGAGCAUCGUGUGGACGCUCCUGGUUUACAGCUUCUUAGCCCAUAAGGAGUUCCGCUUCAUCUACCCUGUGCUGCCUUUUUGUGUGAUAUUUUGUGGUCUGUCUUUGGUGAAGCUGCGCACCUGGAGGAAGCCGGCUGCAGGUGCGUUAGUGGCACUGAACCUGAUUCCAGCUUUAUACACUGGGUUAGUCCACCAGCGAGGAGUCCUGGACGUUAUGGGUCACCUGCAGCACCUGUGUGACACCACUGACCCGCAGAGCUCACCUUCACCAGAGGUGCUGUUCCUCAUGCCCUGCCAUUCCACCCCACUGUACAGCCACCUACACUGUCCAAUCAAACUGCGCUUCCUGGAAUGUCCACCAAAUCUCACAGGAAGGGAGGACUACGUAGAGGAAGCAGCUGUGUUCUACGCAGACCCUCUCCAGUGGCUCAGGAUGGCCUUCCCAUACAAGUCCACUCUGCCCUCACACGUGGUCUUAUUCGAUCCACUUGAGAAGGACAUUUCGGCUUUUCUGGACGGGAACAGGUAUGUGAAACAAGCUGAAAUAUUCCACACUCAUGUCCCGGAAGGACGGGUGGGGAAGAAGAUCCUGAUAUACGGACAGUAGCUCAAGAGCUCGCAGAAUCACUGGACCAUUGAUGGCUUUUUCUUUUUUUUUCUUUUUUUUUCUGACAAUUUUUACAAAGUUCAAACUGACACUGUACAACUUUUCUAAUUAAAUAGUUGAUUUUGUAAAAGGUG